AUGAAUUUUUACUUAAAUGUAUUCGAAGAAAUAGAGACUAUACUAGAAAAAUGUAAUAAAGAAGCAUAUACCCAAAUAUGGAACGUCAUAGAAUAUAUCAGAAAAAACUACAAAGGUGUAAGUGAAGAAAUAGAGGCAAAAAAAAAAUAUGUACCUAAAAAACAAAAAAAUAAUAACAAGAGCAGCAGCAAUAACAAUAGCAGCAGCAAUAACAAUAGCAGCAGCAAUAACAAUAGUAGCAGCAAUAACAACAGAAGAAGUAAUAACAAUACUAAAAAGAAGGAUAGGGGAAAUGAAAGCAACUAUAAUAGCAUUAAAAACUACUUUAAAGUAAUUAAAAGGGAUCCAAUAAAUAUACACAAUGUAGGUGGAAAUAUGGAGGGUACAAAUGAAUAUAACUUCUCAGCUAAAGAGAAGGACAUUCCGGUAAUUAAUAUAUUUUUUUUUUUCGGAGGAUUUAAUAUAGUAAUAAUUAUUUAUUAUGUCAUAUUUAAAAUAAACUUAUUUAACGAUGCCCUUUUUGUAAACGAAAACAGUACAGCAAACGCAAACACGAAUAUUAACGCGAACAUUAACACAAACACGAAUAUUAACACGAACAUGAAUAUUAACACGAACAUGAAUAUUAACACGAACAUGAAUAUUAACACAAACAUUAAUACAAAUAUGAACAAUGGUAGUAGUAGUAGUACUACUGCUACUGCAAGCGGCAAUAGCGGUAUUAAUGGUGCAUGUAGUACUACUGCCACUUCAAGCAGUAACAAAGAUUUUAUACUCUACAGUAAUAAAAAUAUCACGCAUAUUAUCUGUUCCCAGUUAAAAGAUCAAGACAUAAAUGGCAUAAAUGAAUUGUUUAAAGAUAUACUAACUUGUAACAAACCAAAUUCUUUUAAAAUUUUCAUUUUAGAAUCCUUUCAUUUUUUAAAUAAACAAUACAGAAAAAUAUUUAUGAAUAAAGCUGUAAAAAAUAAAAACUUAGUAUUUAUACAUAGUCCUGUAUAUUUUGACGAUAUCUUUAUAAAUAACUGUUUAUAUAUUAGAAUUCCAAGUCCAAAUAAACAAUUAUUUAAUAAUCAUAUUUUAAAUAUAGUACAAAAAAAAUAUAAAAUUGAUACCACUGAUAUUAGCAAGAGAGAUUAUAUUCUUAACGUUGUAAAUACUUGUAAUUAUGACUUAACACUAAUACUAACUGUAAUUUAUUUUAUCCAAAUAAAUAAUUUUCCAGAUAUAAAUAAAAUUAUAAAAUUAAUUCUAAAUACAAAUAUUAAAAAAUUAAUAAGCAUAAUACAUAAAUGCACUAUUUCUAAUAAUUGUUUCUUUUUAAUUAGAAACGUAUUAUAUACUAUAUUAUAUACGUAUAAUUUUGAUCUCGAUACCUUUUUAAGUAUCUUUUGUAAACAGUUAACCACAUUUCAUAAAGAUGACGACAAUUACAAAAAAGAAAUUUAUUCUGUCUUCUCUGAACACAGCUACUAUUGUACCAUGCAUGAUAACCACAUAUGUUCAUUAGAAAAUCUAACUUCAAAAAUAAUACUUUUAGAAAAGAAAUACAUGAACACGUUAAAUCAAAAUGUCCUUACCCCUGAGGAUAUUGAUGAUUUCAGCAUUAGCCUAAGCUCACAGCCUACAUAG